AUGCAGCCCACUCUUAACGCAAACACCCACCUUCCCAACGCGCGCCUCGUCACCACCGGCCACACCAAGGACGGCACCUCCGUCUUCACGCACGAUGCCGCGCUGACGCCCUUCACGCCCUUCGGCCCCGCCGCGAGCCACUUCACGUCCUUCCACGCGUCGCCCAGCGUCCCCGCGUCCAACACCGCGCGCUUCCCGGAGCUCAGCACCGCGCUCCCGCGCUGCCCGCCCACGGGCGUGCUCUUCUGCAUCACGGACAUCCUGCCCGGCGGGCGCGCUCCGAUGCACCGCACGCAGACCAUCGACUACGCCGUCGUGAUCGAGGGCGAGAUCGUUCUCGCCCUGGAUAACGGCGAGGAGAAGACGGUGAGGAAGGGCGAGUUUAUGGUGCAGCGGGGUGCGAAUCACGCGUGGUUUAACCGCGGGGAGCAGACCUGCAGGAUCGCGGUUGUGAUGGUCGGCGCGGAGAAGAUCACCCUCGAGGACGGAAGGGUGCUGGAGGAGACGGUCUUUGGACCACCAAAGAAGGCUUGA